AUGAAGAAUCCAGUGACUGCCCUGGCCAUCCUCCUCUGCAUCUCGGCCCUCUGCGCCCAGGUCUUCACCACACCAAUUGGUGUCAAUACUCCAAGUGCCUGCUGCUUCUCCUAUGCCAGGCAGAUUCCGCAAACUUAUGUAGUCAACUAUUAUGAGACCACCAGUCAGUGCUCCAAGCCUGGUGUCAUCUUCAUAACCAAAAAAUCCCGAGAGAUCUGCGCCAACCCCGGGGAUGCCUGGGUUCAGGAAUAUAUCACCAACCUGAGACGCAGUGCUUAG